AUUAAAAGCCAGGAUUAUUUUAUUAUUAAAACGCCUAAAGCCAUGUUCAAAUAUCUUGCUCAUCUGUCAUUGUGCCCUCAUCCCCGAGCUGUAGAACCUGAAGAUGUGUCUAUCCCUAUGUCACUUGAGAUGAGAAAGCGAAACAUGCACUCAUAUGACUUUGCACCUAACAGAAGCGAAUUCGCCGUGCCCGGAAUCGGCUACUAUAGAUGCGAUAUCUGCUACAAUUACUGGCGAUGUGCCUACGCAUGGGUGGUGGUGGACUUGAGGAAGCCGAAUAUCAGCUACAGGUGGAAGAUGAAGUGCAAGUACUGCUGCUUUCAUGAGAAACAUGCUGGGGUCACGCCAGUCUUCGCCGUAGAAGAAAUUAAGAACCUCACCAAGAAGGCCAUCAACUUGUAUCUAUACGAACUGUUCAUGGACCUUGAUCUUGGAUUGUACCAGAUUGGGUCGAAAGGUCCCCAUCCUAAAGAACUGUGCGAAAGAUGUGAAUGGGGUAAAAAGGAAUGUUGGAAAACCUGUAAACCAGCUCGGCUCCCACAUGGACAUCUCUUGCAGAUAUGAAUAUUGUAAUGCCAAACCUCUUUUCUUCAUUCUUCUAUUGUAAUUCAGAC